AUGCCGCCACGGAAGAAAAGCGAUAUUGCAAUAAAAAUUGAGGACGUGGGGAUGGACAUUGAUGCGGAGUUUGACAGUGAUAGUGAAGGUGACUCUGGAGGAGGAAAGGGUUGUGCACGCGCACGGCCCAGACCAAAACCGAAAGCCGCUUCUCGAGGAGCAAAGCAAAAGGGAAGACAAGCAGAGAGCGAGGAAGAGGAAGAUGACGAAGAAGAGGAAGCCCCGCGAAAAAGAAAAAGCAGGAAGAAGGCCCGGCAGGAAAGUGAGGAGGAUGAGAGUGAGGAAGAACAGACCACGAGAAGAAAGAAAACGCUGAGUAAAAAGAAGAAGUCUACCAAAGAUGAAGAAAGCGAUGAAGAGAGUGAAGAGGAGAGAGGGAAUAAGAAAAAAGGAGGUAGAAGAGCGAGCAAAAAGGAGAAAGAGGAGCAAAACAACAAGGAGAAGAAAGGGCAAACCAAGGGAGCAGGAAAAGGGGGGAAUGACAAAGAGAAUAACAAGGAGAAAAAGAAGAAAGGAAAGUUUAGCAGUUCAUCCUCCUCGAGCGAAUCGGACGAAGAAGAGUCCAUGUCAGAAGGAGAGAUGGCACGGCUGAAGGAGGAGGUGGAGGAGAAGAAGAAACUUAUCGCCACUCUGAGGAACAAACCCUGGAGGAUGAAAAGGAGACUUAAAAGCCUUAAGGAGGCCCAGCUGUUUGUGGAGAAGUUUGAAGGGGCAUUAGGCAAAGGAAAGGGGAGGAGAUUAUAUGCAUUCAAAGUGAUGAUGACCAAGAAAUUGAUCAAGUUCAACAGAGAUUUUGAAAACUUCAAAACAGCCUGCAUUCCAUGGGAAAGGAAGAUCAAAGAAGUUGAAAGUCACUUUGGAUCUUCUGUAGCCUCUUAUUUCAUCUUUCUCAGAUGGAUGUAUGGCCUAAAUCUUGUUCUCUUUGGAUUCAUGUUUGGGCUUGUUGUCAUUCCUGAGGUUCUGAUGGGCUUACCCUAUGGAUCCAUCCCCAGAAAGACUGUUCCCAGAGAGGAGCAGGCCAGAGCCAUGGACUUCUCUGUGCUAUUUGAUUUUGGGGGCUAUUGCAAAUACUCCAUUCUCUUCUAUGGUUUCUAUAACGACCAGAGAACCAUCGGGGUCCUGCAGUUCAGAUUGCCGCUGUCUUACCUCUUGGUUGGAGUUGGGAUCUUUGGCUAUAGUCUCAUGGUUGUCAUCAGAACGAUGGCGCGGAAUGCUAACGAGGGUGGUGAUGGAGCUGAGGAGGGGACGUUCAACUUCACCUGGAAGUUGUUCACAAGCUGGGAUUACCUCAUCGGUAACCCGGAGACAGCCGACAACAAAUUUGCCUCCAUCACCACCAGUUUCAAGGAAUCUAUUGUGGACGAGCAAGAGAACCAGAAGGACGAGAAUGUUCAUUUACGGCGUUUUCUCCGCGUCCUAGCCAACGUUAUGAUCCUCUGCAGCCUGGGAGGAAGUGGAUACCUUAUCUACUAUGUGGUUAAAAGGUCACAGGUGUUUGCUGAAAUGGAUGCAGAUCAGUUGUCAUGGUUUGAGAAGAAUGAGGUAGAAUUUGUUAUGUCAUUACUAGGCCUGGUGUGUCCUCCUCUGUUUGAAACUAUCGCUGAGCUGGAGGACUAUCACCCUCGUAUUGCCCUGAAAUGGCAGCUGGGUCGAAUCUUCGCCCUCUUUUUGGGAAACCUCUACACAUUCCUGUUCGCACUGUUCGACGAGGUCACUGCUAAGCUGGAGAAGGAGAAGUCAAUAAAGAAUGCUACUAUUUGGUCACUCAAUGAAUACUAUGGUAAUUACUCUGCGUACCACAACACAACGGACAUCCCCCCUCCAGAUAUUCACCCUGCAGACGUCAUCAGAGGACCCUGCUGGGAAACAGGAGUGGGCAUUGAGUUUGUGAAGCUUACUGUUUCAGACAUUCAGGUGACCUAUCUGACCAUUUUGAUUGGCGAUUUUCUACGUGCAGUCCUCGUGCGGUUCCUCAACUACUGCUGGUGCUGGGAUCUGGAGGCAGGGUUUCCAUCCUAUGCUGAGUUUGACAUCAGUGGAAAUGUGCUGGGCCUCAUUUUCAACCAGGGAAUGAUUUGGAUGGGGGCGUUCUAUGCUCCAGGGCUGGUGGGGAUAAACGUUUUGCGAUUGCUCUGUUCCAUGUAUUAUCAGAGCUGGGCAGUAAUGAGCUGUAACGUCCCUCAUGAAAGAGUGUUCAAAGCAUCACGCUCCAACAAUUUCUACAUGGCCCUCCUGCUUCUCGUACUCUUCCUCAGUUUAAUGCCUGUCAUUUACAGCAUCAUGACCCUGCCUCCCUCCUUUGACUGUGGACCUUUCAGUGGACGAGAGAAGAUGUAUGAUGUAAUUAUGGAGACGAUUGAGAAGGACUUGCCUCCGUUUAUGGCUGAUAUUUUCAGCUACGCUUCCAACCCUGGCCUGAUCAUACCUGCAGUACUGCUUAUGGUGUUAGCCAUCUAUUAUCUGAAUGCUGUGUCUAAAGCGUACCAGAAUGCUAAUAUGGAUCUAAAACGGAAAAUGCAAAUGCAAAGAGAUGAGGAGAAGAACCGGAGAAACAAUAAGGAUAGCACCAACCAGGUGAUGAAAGAUCUAGAAGAUCUUCUACCCAACAAAUCUCUAAUUCCACCUCCAACUCCUGAUGAGAACAAAGAGAUGUCAGUUGAUCCAGCCCCUGGUGGCAAGUCAUCAAAGGUAACUGGAAAGCCAGGGGCAGCGACCAAUGGGAAAGGAGUAAGCCUUCAGAAGGACGUGUCGUUGGCUGCUCCCAAUCCACGGGCGGCAGUAACCCGGCCCCCUGGUCCAAGAGGGCCGGGACCGUUGCCAGGAAACGCUCGUGGACCGGCCCCUGGGUCUGGGCGAGGCAGAGGGAGAGGAGGACCACCCAGACGCUGA